GAUUGCGACAGUGGCGAUCUCGUCGUGGUGGGACGGGGUAUUCAGAAAAGCUCACAAGUCGCCCGGUUUGGCGCUCGCCAAAUUGGCCAUCGUGCCGCGGGAGAUCGCUUGUUCUGCGUGGAGAGCGUGGGGGAGAACGACGUCUUUCGAGAGAAGGACAAGUGCACGAGCAAGAUGAAGUUCGAGAUCGCGUUGCCGGCCAAAGCUGCAGGGCCGGAGCUCUUGGAUCCACAGCUUCUCAGUCGUCGGCCGCGGCUCUGCACGGGAUUCCGCAAGAACAAGGUCGUGACGGGAGUGGACCAACAGUGCGAUACACUGGAGUCGUUGACGUUGGAUUUCGAGGCCUCUGGUCUUCUGGAUAUUGCCAUCUCGACGAAUCCCACUUCGGGGGCGGCCCCUCUGUGUUCUGGCAGCAAAUUUCGGGCUGUUGGCUACUGUAGCUGA